AUGAUUGGGCAGUUUGUACAUCUGACACCAGUUCAUUCACUGGCAACAAGUGCAUCUAUUGGCUAUAAAAUGCCAGCUCGUCUUCGAACUUUGCUUAACCUGGUAGUACAGUAUGCAUUGCAGGGAAGGUAUGAAGUGGCAGCACCACUCUGCAAGGAGGCUCUGGAAGAUUUUAAAAAAAUGACUGGACGCAAUCAUCCGGAUGUCGCAACAAUGCUUAUUAUUCUGGCCCUUGUUUAUCAUGAUCAAAAUAAGUAUAAGGAGACAGCCAGCUUAUUAAACGAUGCAUUACAUAUACGUGAGAAAUGUCUUGGUGAAAGUCAUCCCACUGUUGCAGCAAUACCUGAUGAUGUGGCGGAAGCUAAGACUGUCUGCAAGCAAUUACUGACUCGAGCUCAUGAAUGUGAAUUUGGGAAAGUAACAGAUGACGAUAAACCAAUUUGGCAAAUCGUUGAGGAUCGCGAAGAAAAUAAGCAUAAAGAAGAUGUUAUGCAA